AUGUCUCAGCCUUCAGCUGAGGUCGCUGCCGACUUCAAAGACGCUCUUCAAGACUUGAAAAUCAAUAGUAGACCUGAGAUUAGCAAUCUAACCCUGAUCGCCAAGGAGAAUACAGAGUAUGCGCAAGCCAUAUCCCGAGAACUGGAGAAUCACAUUCGAACGACCCGGCCAGAGUGGAAACUCCCUGCUCUAUAUGUUCUCGAUUCCAUCGUCAAAAACGUGGGUACUCCAUACACGGUCUAUCUAGGUCGUAAUUUGUAUCGUACUUUCAUGGAUGCCUACACACUCAUGGACCCCGCUACACGAAAGGCAAUGGAAGGGCUCUUGAAGACCUGGAAACAGCCUGUUCCUGAGUCAAUGGAUAUGCGCCCUGUCUUCUCCCCUGAAGUCACCCGCGACAUUGAAAAUGCCCUCAUAAAAUUUCGUACGAUUGCUGUUCAGCAACAGGCUUUGUCGCAGAAACCGGGCAUACAGCAUAACAUGCCUGCAAGACCGAUGCCAAGUGUUCCUUGGAGGAAUACUCCUACCCCCCCACAAAAUGCUACUCGAUUUGCGGCGGCGAAUGACCCAAGGCUUCGACAGGUUACACUACCCUAUGGGCAAUAUCCACCUUCAGCCACGCCGCAAAUCCAGUCUCAGCCAUCCAUCUCGUUCUAUCCGCAGCCACCUCAAGCCAUCGAUGUAGAGGGUUUGAAGGCUAGUUUGAGCAAACUCAUUACAUCUACCCAAGCGGCGUGGGCUUUGAGCCCUGUCGAUGUAGCCAUCCAACAGAAGCUGAAGGCGCUUCUCGAUCUCCAGAUGAUCUUAAACACUCAAACCCUUCCUCCAGAGCAGCUGAAAGCGGCCGCGGAUCAAAUUCAAGCCAUGUCGCCUCCCCCAGCACCGGCCACUGCCUUUACCCCCCCUGCCUCUAUACCUCCGCCAGUCAUUGCCUCUCCACAGCAGAACACAUCUCCCCUAUUUCCGCCCUCAAGCACUGCUGUGAACAUUGGACAGAUCCUUGCCAAUGCAAGACCUCCAGUUCCGCCGUCCCCAGCUCCCGCAGCCACAACUCCUUCUCUUGCGGACAUGCUGAGGCGGGUCUCUUCUCCAAUGAAUUCGUCAUCAACACCCGCGUCGGUGGCGCCAUUUUAUCCCCCCCCUUUUUCUGCUGCACCACUUCCGAUGGCAAUACCAGUUCCUACAGCUCAAUCCCCAGCUCUAGCGCCCGCUUCGGCAACCACUGUUAAUCUUGCACAACUCCUUGGACAGUUUAGCAAGUCUGCAGCUACCCCCAUGGCCCCAGUGCCUCAACCACAUUCAUCUUUCCCACAAUCGCAACCGCAGUCAUCCGCUGCCCCCCUAUCAACCGGUGAUGUGAAAUGGCUUCUCAAUGCAUUGAAGGCACAGAACCUGCUUCCUCCGGGCCCUCCAAUGAGUGCUCAAGCCACUCCUCUGUCGUCAGAGCCAAUGACCCGACAGGUGUCAGCGAACACUGGGGUACAUACUGAUGUGGAUCUAACCACAGCAUCAAUGAAGCAACCUCGAUUUCACUUGAUUACGAAAUUGUACGAAGCAUACCCCAACAUCUGCGCUACAUGCGGACGUCGAUUUGAAUCCUCUCUGGAGGGUAAAGAGAGGAAAGCUCGUCAUAUGGAUUGGCACUUCAAGGUCAAGGAUCCAGAUGUUGCGAAGCGUGGUAUCCAUCGUAGCUGGUACAUCAGUGAGAAAGAAUGGAUAGAGUAUCGCGAAGUUGACGAAGCUUCCCCGGAGCAAGCUGUGAAUGGUGUCACUAGUGCCACCGCCGCCCCUAAGAAGGAAACCAAGGACAGAUAUGUCCCUGUUCCUACAGAUGCUGCCCUCGUCCAUGCGCCUUGUCCAAUUUGCCAGGAGAAGUUUGAACCGCAAUGGCUAGUCGAAGCAAAUGAUUUCGUAUGGAUGGACGCAGUUAAAGUCAAUGGCAAGGUUUAUCACGCAACUUGCUGGGAGGAGUAUAGCAAGGGCUCUAGUCUAGCUGCACCAAGCACGCCGGACUCAGUCCUCGGCAAGCGUAAGGCCGAGGACAGUAUUGGAUCAGGCAAAAAGGUCCGCGCCUAUUGA